UUGGAAGAGUCGAGCACCACUGCCCAACCGCGGCACGAAACGAUUCGCAUCUCCGUUCCCCAUCCAUGGCGGACGAGGACCCAUCCCCCGCCGCCGCCUUCCCCCGCGAGGCAUCUCCCACCAUCCUCGACUCCCUCGGCGAGGACAUCACCCGCAUCGUGUACCCAGUCUCCGCCUGCAUGCUCAUCGUCGUCCUCCUCGUCUCCGCCCUAUCCUCCCCCUCCUCCCCGUCCCCCAUCACAGCUUCUUUCGCCGUCGCCACCGGCGGCAGCGCCCCCAGCGGUGGUUCCGGCGACGACCUCACCACCGCCCUCAUCACCGCCGGAACCUUCGUGGUCUCCGUCACGGCUGCCACCUUCCUCCUGGCGCUCCUCUUCUACCUCCGCUGCACGCCCUGCCUCCGCGCCUACCUUGGGUUCUCCGCGAUCUGGAUUCUCCUCCUCCUCGGUGGCCAGAUAUCCCUGCUCCUCCUCUCCCGCCUCCGCCUCCCGCUCGACGCCGUCUCCUUCGCGCUCCUCCUCCUCAACGCGGUCGCGGCGCUGGCACUGGCCACGCUCUCGCCGAAAUCCGUCCCCAUCGCGCUCCACCAGUCCGCGCUCCUCGUCAUCGCCGUGCUCACUGCCUUCUGGUUCACGCUGCUUCCAGAGUGGACCACCUGGGCGCUGCUCGUGGCCAUGGCCGUCUACGACCUCGGAGCCGUGCUGAUACCUGGUGGCCCUUUAAGAGUGCUACUUGAACUGGCCAUUGAGAGGAACGAGGAGAUACCGGCGUUGGUCUACGAAGCUCGGCCAGUGGAUCCCCGGCAAGGCCAGAAUUGGCGGGUAUGGAGGGAAAGGAGGCAGCCUGGUGGCAAUUUGGAUCCCAAUUCCACAGUUGAGGUUAUUGGUGAGGUGUUGGGGAGAAAUCCUGUGCCGGAUGUGAGCUCUGAUCCUGCCGGUGCACAAAUCAGCGAGGUGUUGGCAUUGCCAGAGACUAGAUUGACUGUUGCUGAAAUGAGUGUACCAUUGAUCCAGUCACAUCCAGAUCGAGCAACGGAAGAGGACAUUGAUGAUGAAGAUGAAGAUGGCAUUGGUUUGGGCUCAUCAGGGGCAAUCAAGCUUGGGUUGGGAGACUUCAUAUUCUAUAGCAUACUCGUCGGGAGGGCUGCUAUGUACGAUUACAUGACGGUCUAUGCGUGCUAUCUUGCCAUCAUUGCAGGGCUCGGCAUCACUCUGCUAUUGCUGGCAUUCUACCGCAAGGCAUUGCCUGCCCUGCCAGUGUCCAUUACCCUUGGCGUCUUGUUUUAUGUGCUCACGAGAACAUUACUCGAGACCUUUGUUAUGCAGUGCUCCACAAACCUUGUAAUGUUUUAGCAUCCAUGGAGCAUUGCAUGUUUGUAUGUUAUCGUAUAGUUCACAAUUAAGGCCUUCAACAGUUGGUUAGGUCUUGUUUGUGGAAUUGUUAAUCUGGGCUAGGCUGUGUUUCUGAAACUGUUAAUCUGGUGUCUCAUGUGACAUGCUCCUGCAUGGAUUGGCUGUUAACAAUUUCUGCAGUUUUUGACGGUACUGAUAUCUUUACUUAUUUGUCCAGAAGAAGGUACUUCUCUUAUGAAUAUGUUAUUUUGCCUA